UAAAAAUGGCCGACAUACUAGAAAUGGUCUUGCGGGGUGAAAUUACCGUGACUACAGUACUACAGUGGCUCCAAAAUAAAGAUGAAGAGCUUGAUCUGCCUCCACAAUUAAAGGAUGCCAGCAGACUAAGAUGUGAAUUUGUCCCAUAUUUUUUGAACUAUCUGAGGGAUCAGACAUUACCGUUACUGCAAAACUGCAAGUCGGUAACACCUUCCCCAGUAAAGACCCCUUCUGCUCAGAAAGUACGGCUUGACAGGAAGUGUACCCCAGAGGGUCGCCACCCAGGCAGUGCUAACCGGGUACAGCUGUUCAGUCCAGUGGAAAGGCCAGAUGUGAGCCCUUCGUGUUUUGUGGAUGUUUUACUGGAUGCUUCACCCAAAAUUCCUGUCACACCCACAGAGAGGAAUCAAAGAACACAUUAUGAAUACAUUCCUAGAAACAAACAGCAUAAAAAUUCCCCAAGAGACAGUCGCUAUCAUCAGAAACCAACAAUAGACCCCCAUAAAUCAAAACAUAAAAUUAGCCUGGGAGAUUUUUUAACAUCUCCAGAUGUACCAUCUUCUAAUAGAAAAAAGAAAUCCCCUUUAGUCACUGUCAAAAGAGAUAGGUACAGGGAUGAUGGACAGUCUCCUUCACCAGGCACAUCUCGCCGAUGGAAUGGGAAAAAGAGGCAGCCAACGCCAGAACACCAGACAGGGAGAGGAAAAGAAAGGUGUGGCGAUGAAGGAAGAGCUCAGGUGUUUAACCUUUCUAACUCUGAAGAUUUCCCUAGCAUUGGAGCAACUAGUCAGCCUGGAACCACUACCCCUGUGGUGCCUGUCAGAAGGAUCAACCCCACUCCAGUGAGAGCUGACAUGAAGAGGCCUCAGAACGCUGCUUUCCUAGAAACAGCCAGUGUGUGGAGCACACCCCCUAAUAAAGGAAGUAGUUUGGGAGGGUCAGGGUCAAUACAAAUGGAUAGCAGAGGAGAAGCUCCACUAGUGCUGGACAUGGAGCGAGCUCUUCUCAGACGAGAGAAGGCCAAAAUGCAGGAGAGAACAUCGGGAUCUGGUGAGUCGUGUUUUCCUGCCCUCACCUGUGUAACUCCAACCAAACAAGUCGUACAGCGAGAGAACAGUGUUAGAGAGCCAGCUGUAGCUCUGAGGUCAGAGGUCACCCACGAGGACAUGAUCUCACUUCUGUCUGAUCUCUACACAGGUUGUAUGGAUGAAAACCUUUUACCCAAUCUGAAUGUGGAGCUGUAUUUUCUUGUCUCGCUUUUGACAACACAGGAAGUUGUCCAUAAUGAGGACCAGCAGAAUCGAGAUCCAGAAGAUAUGAACUAUUUCUCCACAAUCCACAACGCUGUGUUCUUCUCAGUUCUGGUUCUGGAGAAGCAGAUUCGGUUGUUAUCGAUGCUGGACAGAAGCACCAUGCGGCUUUUGUCAGAUAACCCCAGGGUUGUGGAUUUCUCCCCAGGGCUAGCUUCUCAAUUAAACACUUUACAGAAGGGUGCUCAAACCAAGACCGGUCCAGUUUUCCCAAGGUCCCCAAUCGGAGGUGUCUCCUUUCAAGCUGACACAGACAACCGAGAGAACUUUCCUAGCCACCAGUCGUUCCUGCAGUUUAAAAAACAGAGAGAUCAGUUUUAUGAGCUAAUCAGAGAGUGGGAGGAUUGUCACAUGACACCUGGCUGGCAAAUGGUGGACAGGCUUGGAAUCCGAAUCAAAUCAUUGGUUCAAAGCAGAACUGAGUUAGCCAAUCACAUUCAUUUGGCCAGAUUAUUCCAAUCUCAGCUGUUAAAAAUGUGUAAAGGUGAUCAGAGUUAUAAAACAGAGGGUGAUGAUGAACAAGUCACAUUGCUGAGCCAACUGAAAAAGUCAAACCCAGAAAAGUUCAAAAAGCUACAGGAAAGGUUUGUGACUCCUCUAACCACAGCAGGGCCCUGCCCUCCCCAAUCCUUCCCUGGCUGUCAGGAGUUCUUCAGGGAUUUCAUUCUGGCAGCUGGCUGUCACAGUUUUAACCAGCACCUCACAGAUAUCUUCUCAGCUAAACUAACAGAGUUGGACAGUGCAGAGUUAUCAGAGACAGAUGUGGAGACAGAAGAGGGACACACGCAUUCUGUUAUAGAUGAGGAAGAGAAGGAACAGUUUGUGAACUCUUUGCUCUCAGCCCGCCUUGUAGGAAAGUUUAUGGGUUUUGUAUCAUUCCUACCUUACCAGACACUGGAGAGACUGCCAGACUCCUUACUCCCCUCAUACCUGGAGAUCAGAGCUAAGGGUUGUCUGCCCCUAAAUGUGCUGGAGCAUGUGGAGAGAGCCUGCUGUACUGGACGACUGAUUAUGACAUUACCCUGGGUGGUGGAGUUCCUGAGUAUGAUGGACCCCCUGUCUCCUCUACUACUGUACUUCCAGACUUUGAUAGCUCGCCUACUCCAGAUUUAUAGGCGAGCUGUACGGAAAUUUCAACAAGGAGAAGCUAAAUAUAAUAACCUGCUGUUGAUUUUCACUCUUGGGUGGUUCUUUGAGCUGCCAGCCUUGCCAGAUGGGAUUUUCUUCCAAGGCUUCUCAGAGAUCCAGAAUGCUUAUCCCCAGCCAUCAAAAGACACUAAAGAAUUGGACUCCAUGGACUUGAUUGAUCAACAGGUUCUCUACACUUGCUGCCCUUAUUUAGUUGAGGUGCGCUCCUUGUUGCUGGAGUUUGUUGUGGGAAGAAGCAACCGCAGCAGCACGAUUCGGAAAAUCACGCCUGUGGCGGCUGAUGACACACCAGCUCCCACAGCCACAGAGAAACAACUACAGUUGCAAAUGGAAGAGAAUUUCUUCCACAACCACCCGGCAUCACUAAAAAGGGUGGUGGAGUUUGUGGCAGAAAGAAUAGCGUCCAACUACAUUAAAAAGUUGCGAUCCUCAACCCUGACACAAGCGUUCUCGGCGGCCAAGGAAUGUGUCAGUAAACUAGUGAUCAACCUGUCUGGUGUAUCUCCUAACAGCAGGAUACGGGAGAAGCUGUCCCAGGAUGUAAUGAAGGAUGCGGGGCUUCUCUGCGAGAAGGUCAGGUCAGAGGUCAACCAGUCAAGACACACAUACUGCCGUGGUAAGAUCCUGGAAAUUCUCCCGUUACUCCUGCCAGAAGAACAGGUAUCAGCUGUAGUGUCUGUGGCAGUGUCCAUUUCCUGUCGUCAGGCUGAAGAGCGGGUUAACCAGUGGGUAGGAAAUCACAUCACAACGCGUAUUUUCCAGAGAGAAAUGUCUGAUGAGCUGGAGAAGAUGUGCCGACCUGUGAACCUGCAGAAGAUGAUACAGACAUUGCCAGGACUGGAAAGAUACCACAGGUGGUACUCAGGAGGCUGUACGCUGUGUUAUCCAUGACGAUAACAGCCUGGGACCAACAGACAGCCUAACAGAGACCAAGGUGUUUGUCAGGGAUGUUAUGAUAUAUGGGAAGAUUCCUACUGCUGAUGAAAUCUCAGCCUGUAUACAGGGGGUCACUAACACACUCACCUC